CCAACCAGUGUCAAUCAUAUUUGCCUAUUUAUCGUUUCACAGGUGACGUUUUGUUCAAAAUCUCCCGCUUUCUUCGAAUUGCGGUGUUGUAUUGCUCUUGUAAAUGCACUGAGCUGUUUUGAGCCUUUCUGUAUUAUCCAUUCACCUUCGUGUAAAGCUAUUUGAAACUAAAAAUCAAACAAAUACAUAGGCCUAAAUAUUAAUUUAAUGUCACGACAAUCUGAGCGACAGUGUCGAUGUAAUAAUGGUAGUAGCCAUUGAGGACGAUUUUAUAUUUAUGACGUCUGUUUGGAGAGCUACAGCCGAAAGAAAGUAAAAGUUGGGUGGAGGCCUUAUUUCGAAAAAAAUGAGAAGAUGCAAUGAAGAUCCACUGUUCAUGACAGAUCUGUGAGAUCUGUACGGCCUACCUGCGGGGUCAGACUAUGUUGCUCAUCCAGUCCAACGACAUAGCUCACAUAAACCUGUCCAAACCUAUGAGCGAAAGGGAGUCAUGCUCUUGAAAACCACAUACUUGAAGGAUUUUAGAGGAUAUCCUGCCUCUAAGACCACCACCACCUCCAUAGUUGAUGAAUACAAGCCACCCAUCACAAAGAUGGAUACCCAGACUGCAUAUAAUGAUGCAUAUCAUGCCUGGGAGCCACAACCAAAGAUCCCCUACAAGCAAGUUGACAAUUUGAAAAUGAACGAGGGGAGUAUUGACAUGACCACCGUCUUCCAAGCCGACUACAGACCAAAAGAGAACUGCCGACGAAAGAGCUUCAAACCUGAACCGAAGUUGAUGGAGUCACUUCCAUUUGAAGGCAAGAGUGUCUAUUCUCAGAUGUAUGUCCCGCACCCAGUUCAGCAGUAUCUCCCCAAGCAAAAGGUUCCCUUUAGACCCAGCAGCGCUCCUUUUGAAGCCACAUCUGUUCAUCGCCAGGACUUCACAGGUGAAAGAUCAUCAUCACCUGUUAAGUGCUGCAAGGUAAAGGGUGCCUGGGAGCCCAGGUCAACACCUUUUGAUGGGAAAAGUGAGUGCCAAGAGAAGUUUCAGGCAUGGACAGCAGCAGUCAGGCCUUCCUCAUGCGCUAACAAACAAGCAACAUAUUCACUACCGGAGACGGGUGAUGUGGAGCUCACAUCCAUGACCCGUAGAGACUUUAAGGGCACUCCAGGCCGCCCUGCAUCAUCUGCGAGGCCAAGCAUUAAUAAAUCCCCUAACAGGAAGAAGCGCUUUGAGGCUCGCACCACUGCACAAGAUGAUUUCAUAGCCUGGAAGGAUGUAGAGAAGAGUACGUCCUGUAAGCCUAAAGUUGCUCGCCAGCCUUGUGCUGCCUUCGAGGGCAUCUCCACUUUCCAGGCUGCGUUUACAGGAAAGGCAACAGAGCCCGCCAAAAGCUUUAAACCAGUUCGGAGUAUCAUGAGCCCAUCUACGAUGGAUUGUGACACAGUCUACCGCAGCACAUUUAAAGAGCAGAAGGCACAGCCUCUCCCAGGGAUUUACAGUCAACGGCAAGAGGGACAGGUUGUGUCUUUGGGUAAGAAUGGCUUUGUGCUAUGCCAAACUUGGCCACUGGGAGAACGCAAUAUCAGGCCCAUGUCCAGUCUAUCAACUCCUGGUAGGCUGUAGCUGGAUACAGGUACCCCACCAUUGCAAGUACAUUUGGUUACUGGUUAUAAUAAAUUAACGCCCAUUUUAAUGCAA